UGUCUUUAAAAUUAGAUGAAUAAGUUGAUAAGUUAAAUAAGUUAGUUAAAAGUGGAUUAAAAAGCUAAAAGGCUAUUACCAGUUGGGUUUAAAAACAGCGUCAGAGUGAGUGCUCUGUUUUCUUGUUUAGUUUUCAGAAGUAGCCACAGAGUGAGCGCUCUUACUUCACAACCUAUCUUUGACGUUUCUGUGUUUCUUGUGAGUUAGCUCCGUCUCUCGUGUCGAGCACACAGCCAAGACGGACAGAGACGAAUUCAUGACGUUGCUAAUGUUUUUAUGAUACGCUUCUGCCUUGGAGAUCAUUAGUCUUUUUACGAAAAGAAAGGAAAGAAAAGAAAGGAAAGAAAAGAAAGGAAAGAAAAGAAAGGAAAGAAAAGAAAAAGAACAGUCAACUCAAGUAAAAUACGGGAAAAGCAAGCCCUGUGUGUUUAUUUGAAGACCUUUUUCGGACGUUAACUAGCUGUCUAGCUACGCACAAGAACACGCGCUGCGAGGGCAGCAUAGUAAAAAGACUAUUCUACAGCGGGCUCAAGCACUUGGAAACAUUACUCAGCAAACAUGAGUCUACGCUCAGGAAAAAAUCAUCUUAAGGAGCACACUACUAUGCAGCAAAAUGAAGCUAGUGGAGGUGAAGCAACCAAAGAGCAGACGCUUCCUCAGCCAUUUGAUGCUAAGUCACAGUCGUCUAGAGCAUCCACUAGACCCUCUCAACGUUCAUCAUCAACAGCCUCUUCAGCCACAAAAGCCUAUGCUAAGGCAAAAGCUGCCCGAGCACAACUAGUUUACGCUGAGAGAGAAGCUAACGUGAUGAAACAGAAAGCAGAACUGGAAGCAAAUCUCCAUCUACUCCAGUGCGAAAGAGCUGUUGCUGCAGCUGAAGCUGAAAUGGAAGCUUAUGAGGAAGCUGAAGUGGAAAGCCGAGAGCUCACACAAGGACCCUACGACACAGACAAGCCCAUCAGUCCUGUACAACGCACUUGUGAGUACAUCCAGCAACAUUUUACAGAACUGCCAUCAAAACACGUAGCAGUGGAGUCUGAUGAGAGAAAAAUAAGCACACACGCUUUGAACAAAGACAUAAAGAAAGGGCCUACAAUGAACACAAACAGUACUCACCCUCACAGUACUCCAAAAUACACAACCAAGCCAGAGAGAGAAUACUUACCGGGGCCAAAAAGUGCUCAGGAGGACUUUGCAAAAUAUCUAAUUCGGAGAGAAAUGAUAAGCACUGGGCUCCUGCAAUUUGAUGACAAACCUGAAAAUUAUUGGUCAUGGAAGGCCUCUUUUCUAAGUGCAACAAAGGAUUUGAAUCUCUCUGCCAGGGAGGAGCUAGAUCUAUUGACAAGGUGGCUGGGUGCCGAAUCAUCAGAGCAGGCAAAGAGAAUUCGUGCGGUGCAUGCCCUCAAUCCUGCAGCAGGUGUCAACAUGGUGUGGCAGCGUCUCGAAGAGAGUUAUGGAUCACCUGAGGUCAUCGAAGAUGCACUGCUAAAAAAGAUUGAACGCUUUCCAAGGUUGACCAACAAAGACAAUGUCAAGCUGAGGGAGCUAAGCGACAUCCUCCUGGAACUUGAGUGUGCUAAGCAGGACGGCGCUCUUCCAGGGCUCGCAUAUCUGGAUACACCUCGUGGGAUAAAACAAAUAGUGGAAAAACUCCCCUUUAACCUCCAAGAAAAGUGGACAGCUGUUGGAAGCAACUACAAAGAGGAUUACAGAGUGGCUUUUCCUCCCUUUUGUGUCUUCUCCAAUUUCAUUCAACGGCAAGCAAAGAUAAGGAAUGAUCCAAGCUUUAUUCUCUCCACCCCCAGCAGUCACGUGUCUUAUAGACCAGAAAAGCUUGUACAGUCUAGUCGCAAAACCUCUGUGACCGUACACAAAAUAGACAUCCCUGCAGAACAAUCAAUCAUCCAAACUGAUCCUGUUCUGAAGAAAUUAGAGGAACCAGAUCGUCAGUGUCCCAUACAUAAGAAGCCACACCCAUUGAGAAAGUGCAAGCUCUUUAGAGGCAAACCCCUGGAAGAGCGCAAAGCCUAUCUAAAAGAGAAUCGCAUCUGCUAUAGAUGUUGUGGUUCUGUUCAACACAUGGCAAGAGACUGUAAGGUGACCAUCAAGUGUUUAGAGUGCAACAGUGAGAAGCACAUUGCCGCACUGCAUCCAGAUCCUCCUCUCACACUCACACAAAGCGCUGUAGCUGAAGGAAGCGACAGCGGGGAGCACAGCGAAUGCUCAUCUUCAGUAAUCUCUAAGUGUACGGAGGUUUGUGGCCAGGCUAACAGUCCACGCUCAUGUUCCAAAAUCUGUUUAGUGAAAGCUUUUCCAACAGGGAAAAAAGAGAAGGCAGUUAAAAUGUAUGCUGUGCUGGAUGAACAAAGUAACAAGUCCCUUGCCAAGACAGAGUUCUUUGACCUUUUCAAAGUAAAAGCCAGCCACAUCCCAUACACCCUGAAAACAUGUUCUGGGAAAGUGGAGACUUCAGGAAGGAGAGCUGUUAAUUUCUCCAUCGAGUCGAUGGAUGGGAAACUCCAGCUGCCCCUACCCCCCUUGAUAGAGUGUGACAGGGUGCCGGAUGACAGGACAGAAAUUCCCUCCCCUGAGAUUGCACACCAUCACCCACACCUGCUCCCAGUAGCUGAUAAGAUUCAACCUGUAGACCUAGAUGCUCCGAUCCUUCUGCUCUUAGGGAGAGACAUUCUACAGGUGCAUAAAGUGCGUGAGCAAAUAAACGGGCCCCAUAAUGCACCUUACGCUCAGCGACUAGACCUCGGCUGGGUCAUUGUUGGAGAAGUGUGCUUGGGAACAGUUCACAAACCAUCAGAGGUCAGUGUCUACAAAACAAACAUGCUGAACAAUGGUCGUAGAUCCUUUCUAAAACCAUGCCCGAACAAUAUCCAUGUGAAGGAUCACUACAGGUGCAUGACACAAUAUCAUGAUUCAACCUUUCCUGCUUGGGACAAGAACUCAAGGCCCACCCUCAGUGCAGACAAUCUGGGGUGCUCAGUAUUCGACCGGUCUAAAGAUGACAACAAACCAGCGCUGUCCAUGGAUGACAAAAACUUCCUUACCAUCAUGAAUGCAAAAGUCCAUCAAAAUGAAGGGAACAGCUGGGUGGCUCCUUUACCCUUUCGCUGCCCAAGAAAACGGCUUCCGAGUAACAGGGAGCAAGCUUUAAAACGUCUCUGUUCACUGCGGAGGACUCUGGUGAAAAACCCAGAGAUGAGCGAUCAUUACACCAAGUUCAUGCAAAAGAUGUUGGACAGUGAUCAAGCUGAGCCUGCUCCACCUUUGGACAAAGACAAAGAACAUUGGUACUUGCCUACAUUUGGUGUGUACCACCCCCAAAAGCCAAACCAGAUACGGAUCGUUUUCGACUCAAGUGCUGCAUGUGAUGGGACGUCUCUUAACGAUGUUCUCCUUAGUGGACCAGAUUUGAACAACACACUGUUGGGCGUUCUCCUGCGGUUCAGGAGAGAACUCGUGGCUUUUACAACAGAUGUGGAGCAAAUGUUUUAUUGUUUUGUUGUCCAAGAAGAACACAGAGAUUUCCUUCGGUACCUCUGGUAUGAGGACAACGACAUCAGCAAGGCAGUGGUAGAAUACAGGAUGAAGGUCCAUGUAUUUGGAAAUAGCCCCUCACCUGCCGUAGCUAUCUACUGCAUGAGACGAGCAGCGCAACAGGGUGAAAAAGAACAUGGUUCCGACGCGAGACAAUUUGUUGAGAGACAGUUUUACGUCGAUGACGGUCUCAUGUCAGUUGCCACACCCGAAGAAGCAAUAGAUCUUCUCACACGGACCAGACAGAUGUUAGCAGAAUCCAACCUGCGACUUCAUAAAGUGGCAUCAAACAACAGCCAGGUAAUGGAAGCCUUCCCUGCAGAGGACCGAGCAAAGGAUCUAAAGGAUUUAGACCUUGGAAAGGAUCUUCUGCCUCUUCAGAGGAGCUUGGGGCUUUCCUGGAACCUAGAGACUGACAGCUUUACUUACCUGGUGUCCCAGGAAAAGAAGCCAUUCACACGAAGAGGUGUGUUGUCGACAGUUAACAGUUUGUACGACCCCUUGGGCUUUGUAGCUCCAAUAAUAAUGCAAGGGAAAGCCCUGGUCCGCGAACUGUCAUCGGAACAAAGAGAGUGGGAUGCUCCUCUCCCCCCAGAAAAGGAAGCAGAGUGGAUCCUAUGGAAGGACUCUUUGAAGGCUCUUGAAGAUCUGGAGAUCAAGAGGUGCUACAUUCCAGUCUCACUGUCUUUAACACAGGAGAAAGAACUGUGCAUCUUUUCAGAUGCCUCCAUGGUAGCUAUUGGAGCUGUAGCCUACUUGAGAGCUGCUGAUACUGGAGGACAGUAUCAUGUCGGAUUUGUCAUUGGGAAGUCAAAACUGGCUCCUCGUCCUGCCCACACCGUUCCACGUUUGGAACUCUGCGCAGCUGUGCUUGCUGUAGAGGUAUUUGAGCUGAUCAGAGAUGAGAUGGACAUUAAAGUGAGUGCUGUAAAGUUUUUCACAGACAGUAGAAUCGUGCUUGGGUACAUACACAACUCCACAAGAAGGUUUUAUAUGUAUGUUUCCAACAGGGUAACGCGGAUUAGAGGAUCCACACACCCAAACCAGUGGCAUUAUGUGCCUACAAACCUGAACCCUGCAGACCAUGCUACCAGGUUUACAUCAGCAGCUCAACUCCAACACAGCAACUGGCUCUCAGGCCCAGCCUUCAUGUAUUCCAACAAAACAGCAGAGACACCUGAAGCAAGUCCUUUUGACCUCAUUGAGCCUGAAGCUGACGACGAGAUUCGUCCUGAGGUUGUUACUCUGGCAACCAAGGUGUCAGAGCCCCUAUUGAACUCACAACACCUUGAGCAGUGCUCGAGCUGGAGUACACUCUGUCGUACUUUAGCCAGACUCAUUCAUGUUGUGGCAUCCUUCAAAGGAAAAACAGACAAAGGAUGGAAAUGUUUCAAAGAAAUGCCCAGCAUAUGUGAACUUUCACAAGCCAAAGUGCUAAUCAUUCGGUCUGUCCAGCACACAGCCUUUAAAGAGGAAUUAAAAUGUCUUAAAGAAGGCAGACAGACAAUUAUGAAGCAAAGCGCACUCAAGAAGCUAAACCCAGCAGUGGAUAAGGAUGGUCUGUUGCAUGUCGGAGGUCGUCUCUCCUCUGCUGAGCUGACAGAAGAGGAAAAGCAUCCAUUGAUCAUUCCACAUGGCCAUCAUAUUGCUACAUUACUUGUCAGGCAUUUCCAUGAACAAGUGGCUCACCAAGGGCGACACAUUACUGAAGGAGCUAUCCGAGGUGCUGGAUACUGGAUAAUUGGAGGUAAGCGCUUGGUGUCGUCUGUCAUACACAAGUGUGUUACCUGUCGCAAAUUGAGAGGUAGAUUGGAGGACCAGAAAAUGGCAGAUCUGCCCACAGACAGACUUACUCCUGAACCACCGUUCACUUCUGUCGGCCUUGAUGUCUUCGGGCCAUGGACCAUCAUGACACGCCGCACAAGAGGAGGAAGUGCGGAGAGCAAGCGAUGGGCCGUGCUCUUUACGUGCAUGUCAACCAGAGCAGUGCACAUUGAACUGGUUGAAACCAUGUCAACUGACAGCUUUAUUAAUGCUCUGAGGAGGUUCUUCUCAAUUCGUGGUCCAGCAAAACUUCUGCGGUCGGACAGAGGGACUAACUUUGUAGGAGCCUGCAAGGAUUUAGGUAUAAACACUGAUGCCACAGUAAUCAGGAAGUACCUACAAGAGAAAGGAUGCUCCUGGGUGUUUAAUCCUCCUCACGCGUCCCACAUGGGUGGCUCCUGGGAGCGGCUUAUUGGGGUUGCCAGGCGCAUUCUGGACGCAAUGCUGCUUCAAACAGGACCAACACGACUCACACACGAAGUCCUGAGCACCUUCAUGGCGGAGGUGACGGCGAUUAUAAACUCAAGACCUCUUGUGCCCAUAUCCACUGACCCAGAUAAUCCUGCAAUACUCACCCCAGCGAUGCUUCUUACUCAGAAGACGAGUGCUAUUUCAGCCCCCUCUGGAAACUUUGACUCGGCGCAAUUGUAUGGAAAGCAGUGGAAGCGAGUGCAAUGUCUUGCCGACACAUUCUGGAAGAGAUGGAAAGGAGAGUAUCUGUCUACUCUACAGAGCCGCAGGAAGUGGACGACAGAUAAGCCAAAUGUAAAAGAAGGAGAUGUUGUCUUAUUGAAAGACAGCCAGGCCCACAGGAAUGAAUGGCCAAUGGGACUGGUUGUUAAAGCCUUCCCAAGCAGCGACAAGAGGGUCCGCAAGGUGGAGGUGCGGACUGUGAAGGAUGGGACAGUCAAGUUCUUUUCAAGGCCGGUGUCCGAGGUUGUGGUCCUUCUUUCUGAGACUCAACAAAAAGACUUGUGUUGAUGUUAUUGCCAGAGAACAUUCCCCUUUUCAAUUUUAUUGUAUCUGCAUUGACAUUUAUUUGUAGUGAUAUAAUGUUAUUAUAUCAAGCGGGGAGUGUACUGUCUUUAAAAUUAGAUGAAUAAGUUGAUAAGUUAAAUAAGUUAGUUAAAAGUGGAUUAAAAAGCUAAAAGGCUAUUACCAGUUGGGUUUAAAAACAGCGUCAGAGUGAGUGCUCUGUUUUCUUGUUUAGUUUUCAGAAGUAGCCACAGAGUGAGCGCUCUUACUUCACAACCUAUCUUUGACGUUUCUGUGUUUCUUGUGAGUUAGCUCCGUCUCUCGUGUCGAGCACACAGCCAAGACGGACAGAGACGAAUUCAUGACGUUGCUAAUGUUUUUAUGAUACGCUUCUGCCUUGGAGAUCAUUAGUCUUUUUACGAAAAGAAAGGAAAGAAAAGAAAGGAAAGAAAAGAAA